AUGCUUGUCGAAAAUAGUAUCUACCCUCAUGAAACUGAUCAGCUUCCAAUUGCCUGUCAGAUGAACAGCAUCACACCGCAUAUAAAUGGCUGCUGUGAUCAAGCACUGUUUAAAAGCAUUAUGCUGACAGGAACUUCCGAAUUCACUCGAAGGUGGAAUAUGUUUUGGCAUAAUAUUAGUCAGUCACUAACUGGAGAUGCACAGUUCUUACAGAACUAUUUGGUGACGAGUUUACGUCUAACUAUGAAUGGUCUUCAUGAUCUCUUUGCAAGUUCAUAUGGUUAUAACUAUGACCAUAACAAAGAUUUUGUUGAAAAAUUUUUCUUUGAACUGGAAAGCUACAUGCUGGGCAAUAAGCAAAAUAUUGGUUCCUUAGUUGAUGAUUUUUUUGACGGCUUGCUCACUCGUGUUCUUCGAGUUAUGCUGUUGGUGAAGAGUGAUCAUGAUCGCUCUGUAGUCGAUUGUAUUGCAUCAAAACUAAAACCGUUAAAACCUUUUGAUCAAGCACCUGAUUUCAUUAGAGUUAUGUCAAUCCGUGCAUUCCCUCCUGCCAGGAUUCUCAGAAACGGACUUCUUCUGGGAAGCACAAUAGUCAAAUCUUUUUCAGGAAAGAUGAUACUGAAUCACAGUUGUGUAGGUGAAUGGACUAAACUACGUUACUGUCACUUAUGCUCAGGUAUAUUUCAACCUGUCAUAUGUCGAAAUUACUGUUUAAAUCGUUUGUCAACCUGUUUGUUACCUGAAGCUUCUCUUGACAAAUACUGGUUGUUAUUUAUUGACCAACUUGUUCGUGUUGCUGAACUUUUAAAAGACUCUAAAAGUUUUCCACUAAUUAUUCGACCACUACAGAUACACAUAUCUGAUGCGAUUAUGAAUCUUCAAACUUCAUUUUUCGACUGGAACAGUCUGAAGAACGUCGAUCGAUUUUCUCCAUUUAAGCGUCAUAAGCAACCUUAUCUCUAUAAUAAUCAUAAUGGAUUGAAACUGUGGGCAGACAACAUUCGUAAAAAGUAUGCUCAAAUUCGUGAACCAUUUUUGGAUGUCAUAAAACACUUUUGCACUGAUGAACUUUUACGUGAUUCAUUUGAAAAAAACAGAAAUGAUGGUAGUGAUGUCUGUUGGACUGGUGAAAAGUUGACGAAUAGAUCACAUAUGACUGACAAGUCAACUAUCAAUGAAUCAAUUAUUUAUACAGAUUUUGAAACUGAUCAUGCUAUCAGAAGUCUACAACGUAUGACUGAAAUGAUUCACUCAGUUAUUGAAAACAAUGAAGAUCCUGAUUAUAUGUUAAUUGAAGAAAUCAAUUCUACAAAUGAGAGUGAUAAUCUUGACAAUCAGUUAUCGGGUUAUCCAAUGGUCAACUCGUUAAUGUCAAACAAAGAAAGUAAACAUAUGUUGACAAAAUUGUCUGAUUCGGAACUUCUAUAUCCACGUCGAAUAUCUCUUAAAAAUAACAGUAGUACAGAUAAUGCAUUUUUGCCCUAUAUGCAAUCAAAUCGUUCGUCUAAUCGUUUCACUUUGCAUUCCACCUUGUUACAUGAAAAUCAUCCUUCUCAAGAUGUUAAUAUCGAUGGAUACGAUAACUCAGGUACUUCCCCUGAACUCAUCAAUUAUCAAAGUCGUGUUCCUUGGUUUUCUGAUGAUGAAGAUGUUUCCACCUUGAACGAGCAUUCAUUAAUGACAACAUCGAACCAUUUGAGAUCUAAAGUGUCAUUAGAUAUUCAGACCAAGGUUUUCACAUCAUCUUCAACUGAUCAAAACAUAAUCAGUAGUGACCUGACAAAAGUUUCAUCACAAUUUGACGAAAAUCGUUUUUCAACAUCUUACCUUCUAAGCAAACAGUGGAUUGAAACGGAUACAGUUCCAUAUAUCAAUCCACCACAAUCUCUAUGGUUUCCAUCUGCUAAACACAGAAAAAUAAUAUGGAUACAUGAUACUAAUUGUGGAAUUAUUCUAACAUGGAAUGUCUUUACUCUGAAUUACUGUAUUUAUCUUAUUUGUGUAUAUUUCAAAUGGCUAACUGGUAUUUAUUGUUGA